GGGCCGAGGGCCGAGGCCUGGCCCGCCGGGCGGCCGGUGGGCCGCGCAGGGCCCUGGACCGAGGGCGAGAGCGCGCCCCUCCCGGCGCCGGGGCGGGGGAGGCGGGAACGGGGUGGGGGGAGGAGGAGGGAGGCGGGAGGCUCGGAGCCGCGCGGCGGGCGGGCGGGCGGGCGGGCGAGGGAGGGGGCGGCGGGGAGCCCCCCGCCCCCCGAAGGAGGAGUCUGGCUCCCACUUGCUGCCUCGGACGCGCGGCUAGGCGGCCGCCGCCGGAGGAGCCCCCGCCCCUGCUCGCCUCCCUCCCCGGAGCCGGGCCCCUGCCUCCCUCCGUGUGCGCUGCUCCUCGCGCCGCCGCGGCCGCCGAAGAGGAGCCCGGGGCCAGUCUGUUCCCAGGUCUGGCGCGGGGCCGGGCGGCGGCGGCGGCGGUGGCGGCGGUGGCUGCGGCGGCGGCGGCGGCAGGAGAUGCCCGGGCGGCCCGCGGAGGUCCAUGUGGCGCGCUAGGUGGGACCCCGGCGUCCUGAAGGCGGAGGCCCUGGCCCUGCUGCCCUGCGGCCUGGGCAUGGCGUUCUCGCAGUCCCACGUGAUGGCGGCGCGGCGGCACCAGCACGGCCGGCUCCUGGUCGAGGUGGACGAGUACAGCUCCAACCCCACGCAGGCCUUCACCUUCUACAACAUCAACCAGGGCCGCUUCCAGCCGCCGCACGUGCAGAUGGUGGACCCUGUGCCCCACGACGCCCCCAAGCCGCCCGGCUACACCCGCUUCGUCUGCGUGUCUGACACCCACUCGAGGACGGACCCCAUCCAGAUGCCCUACGGCGACGUGCUCAUCCAUGCCGGGGACUUCACGGAGCUGGGGCUCCCGAGCGAGGUGAAGAAGUUCAACGAGUGGCUCGGCAGCCUGCCCUACGAGUACAAGAUCGUCGUCGCCGGCAACCACGAGCUGACCUUCGACCAGGAGUUCAUGGCCGACCUCAUCAAGCAGGACUUCUACUACUUCCCGUCCGUGUCGAAGCUCAAGCCGGAGAACUACGAGAACGUGCAGUCGCUGCUGACCAACUGCAUCUACCUGCAGGACUCGGAGGUGACCGUGCGGGGCUUCCGCAUCUACGGCUCCCCGUGGCAGCCCUGGUUUUACGGCUGGGGCUUCAACCUCCCGCGAGGCCAAGCCCUGCUGGAGAAGUGGAACCUCAUCCCUGAAGGCGUGGACGUGCUGAUCACCCACGGGCCCCCGCUGGGCUUCCUGGACUGGGUCCCCAAGAAGAUGCAGCGGGUGGGCUGCGUGGAGCUGCUCAACACGGUGCAGAGGCGGGUCCAGCCGCGGCUGCACGUCUUCGGCCACAUCCACGAAGGGUACGGCGUCAUGGCGGACGGGACGACCACCUACGUGAACGCGUCCGUGUGCACCGUGAACUACCAGCCCGUGAACCCGCCCAUAGUCAUCGACCUGCCCACGCCCCGGAACUCCUGACCACCCCUGCGGCCCCGGCCCCGCCCGCCCCCAGACGCCGCGCACGCGCCCUUCCCUGCGGACAGCCCGCCUGGCCGCGGGGCCCCGCCCAGCCGAUGGGUUGAGGCCUUGCAAUGAGGAAUCUCACGCCCGCCUCCUGCCACCUGGCGCCGGGACCCCGUGGGUCCCUGUUGGGGGCUCUGUGCUCAUUACUUCCUUCUGUGUGUACAUCCCGUGUGUACAUCCCGCGUGUACAGCCUGUGUGUACCUCGUUAAAGGACUCACCAAGCCCGCGGCCCCGCCGCGUUCGGGAAAUGGCUGAAUCUUCAUCCUCCGCAGCUGGACACCGUCGUGGGUCUGGGAGGCCCCUGCCAUCGGGUGGAGUCCGGAGGUUCGGGCACAAAAUCUCCCUCUCACUGAGGGUCUGCGUGGCCGCCAGCCCUGGGGCUGGGGGUGGG